CCCCCGUGACGAUAUUUCCGGGUGCGGACGUGGCGCGGCGCCGCCAUCUUGCGGGGCCGCCCGGGGACCGGACGGACCGAGCGCCGCUCCCGCCGCCGCCGCCGCCGCCGCCGCCAUGGUGCUGUUGGCAGCCGCCGUAUGCACGAAGGCGGGGAAGGCCAUCGUGUCCCGGCAGUUCGUGGAGAUGACCCGCACCCGCAUCGAGGGGCUGCUGGCGGCGUUCCCAAAGCUGAUGAACACGGGCAAGCAGCACACGUUCGUGGAGACAGAGAGCGUGCGGUACGUCUACCAGCCCAUGGAGAAGCUCUACAUGGUGCUGAUCACGACCAAGAACAGCAACAUCCUGGAAGACCUGGAAACACUCCGGCUGUUCUCUAGAGUGAUCCCUGAAUACUGUCGAGCUCUGGAGGAGAAUGAGAUCUCUGAACACUGCUUUGACCUGAUCUUUGCAUUUGAUGAAAUCGUCGCCCUGGGCUACCGCGAGAACGUAAAUCUGGCACAAAUUCGGACCUUCACUGAGAUGGACUCACACGAGGAAAAGGUGUUCCGGGCAGUCCGAGAGACGCAGGAACGCGAAGCAAAAGCUGAGAUGCGUCGUAAAGCAAAGGAGCUGCAGCAGGCCAGGAGGGAUGCAGAGAGACAUGGCAAGAAGGCACCCGGGUUUGGGGGCUUUGGCAGCUCGGCCGUGUCUGGGGGCACGACGGCAGCAAUGAUCACAGAGACCAUCAUUGAGACUGAGAAGCCCAAAGUGGCACCAGCACCAGCCAGACCUUCAGGUCCCAGUAAAGCCUUGAAGCUCGGCGCUAAGGGGAAGGAGGUGGACAACUUUGUGGACAAGCUGAAAUCAGAAGGAGAAAAUAUCAUGACUUCCGUAGGCAAGCGCUCUGUGGAAGCAGCCAAAGUUCUCGCUCCUCCUGUUAACAUGGAGAGUGUGCACAUGAAAAUAGAGGAGAAAAUCUCCUUGACUUGCGGCCGCGAUGGAGGGUUGCAGAACAUGGAGCUGCAUGGCAUGAUCAUGCUGCACAUCUCCGAUGAAAAGUUUGCACGGAUUCGCCUGCAUGUAGAAAACGAAGACAAGAGGGGAGUGCAGCUGCAGACUCACCCAAAUGUGGAUAAAAAGCUCUUCACUACAGAGUCACAGAUUGGUUUGAAGAACCCAGAGAAGUCAUUCCCUAUUAACAGUGACGUGGGUGUGCUGAAGUGGAGGUUGCAGACCACGGAAGAGUCUUUCAUUCCAUUGACGAUUAACUGCUGGCCCUCAGAGAGCGGGAACAGUUGUGAUGUCAACAUUGAAUAUGAGUUGCAAGAGGAGAGCCUGGAGCUGAACGAUGUGAUCAUCACCAUCCCCUUGCCGUCUGGUGUCGGCGCCCCAGUGAUUGGGGAGAUUGAUGGCGAGUAUCGCCACGACAGCCGGAGAAACCUCCUCGAGUGGUGCCUGCCAGUGAUAGAUGCCAAAAACAAGAGUGGCAGCCUGGAGUUCAGCAUAGCAGGGCAGCCAAACGACUUCUUCCCGGUGCAAGUCGCCUUCGUUUCCAAAAAGAACUAUUGCAACAUACAGGUUACCAAAGUGACCCAGGUAGACGGGAACAGCCCUGUAAGGUUUUCCACUGAAACCACCUUCCUGGUGGACAAGUACGAAAUCCUGUAAUGCUAGACGUGGGGAAGUGCAAAGGAAGAAAUUUUUUAAAUUAAAACAAAAAAAAGAGACCGACGUUUAUUCUGAAUGUUGGGAACGCCACAGCCCCCUCUGCUAGGACAUGUGGCUCCGUCUGCCAUCUGCAGCGUUCCUGGGUCACAGACAUUUUUGGAAGAGAAUUGACGUGCUCGUGGGGGGAAAGGCCACAAAUUUCUUUGGCAGAUUUUUACCGGCCGGCAGAAAAGCAAGAUCUCCGCAGAGAGCCUGACUUUGAUGUGUUCCCUCCUCCCCUGGCGACGCCCGGAGCUCAGCCCCAGAGCCGACCAGACAUCGUUCCCUACCCUCCCAAAGCGUCACAUGCUGUUCCGUUGUUGGUGCUUACAUUUUGAUUUCUCCUCGUCCUCCAGCUCUCGUUUCCACUGAGGAAAGCAGGCACUGAGAGAACGUGUGUGGGGCCGCCUGCUGCUCCGGACCCUUCCAUCUGGUGGAAGCUGAGCGAGUUGCCCUUGGCCUCAGAGGUGGGGGGAUCGUAGCAGGGGCACAGGGUGGGUAAGAGGGACCAGGGGCUUUGGUCCUUUUGCCCCACAAGGUUACUGCCGUUCCUUGAGCCCUGCUGUGCUGCGAUGGCUCAGCUCCAGGUGCUCUGGCUCCUGCUGCAGGGGGAGAGCUUCUAUAGGGGACUGUGUCCUCACUGUCUGCCACAGCUGCUCUAGGGCCAGGCUUUGGAGGAGGUUUAGUUAGGUUAGAACCAGCUGCAUGUCCUUUGCAAGGCCCUUUUGGUAUCUGGGGAGGCAGAAGGCUUUUCCUGCCUGGGUGAAAGGAGCUGAACCCGGGUAACUCUGCCUGCUGGUCAGAACAUGUCCCAAACCAGUGUUUGUUCAGUGCUGGCAGGGGGGGAGAAGGAAAUGCUGUUUUCCAGGAAACAUGGGGGCUGAUCUGAGCUGUUCCUCUCCCCACUGCCUCACCAGCAUUAUUUGCCUCAUCUCACAGACCUGUGCUCCCCUCACAACUCAUCUCACCUGUGUGGCUGGGGCCUGUCACAAGUGUCACCUGCCCCGGGCACACCUCACCUCUGGCCAGAGGGCCUGAGUGUGGAAGGCAAAGGCCCUAGAAGUGCAUGUACUGUGCUCUGUGAGAGACAGCCAGCCUGUCAUGGGCCCCUGGGGUCCUCUGCCAAAGAAGUCCGUGGUCUCUCCUCUGCUGGCAGCACCUGAGAGAGAAAUCAACCCUGGUCCUGUCCUGGGAGGGCAAACCCUCCUCCCUAGCAAAGUAGGCAAUGAAUCCCAGUAACCUGGUCCUGUUCCAGAGCUGCUUGUCUGUAUGAUUUUUAAAAUGGAGUCGAGGCUAGUUCAAGUAUCCAAGGAGCUUUUUUUUUUUCUUACAUUCGUUGGAGGGUGAUAUUUAAACCGAGCUGAGAUCUCCCCUUUUUGUAACCCCAUAUGAUCCUGGCCUAGGGAAUAGAGCACAUUCCAGUGUACACAGAGAAUACUGAGUCUAAUCAAAUAAAGUACUGUCAAAGGA